AUGUUUUUCGCGAGUUGCGAUCCGGACCGCGAGAAUCUCUCGUUGUAUUCAAACGCCGACGGUAGUUGGGUCGUUUCGUUACCGGCUGAGGAAGUUCCGCCUGAAUUACCAGAACCUGCGCUUGGGAUCAACUUUGCUCGCGACGGUAUGAAACGUGGAGAUUGGCUCGCGCUCGUAGCUGUCCAUUCCGACGCUUGGUUGAUGGCUGUUGCCUUUUAUUACUCGGCCAAGUUUUCCGCGGACCAGAGAAAAAAGUUGUUCGAUUUAAUAAACAGUUUACCGACGACGUACGAAGUGUUGUCCGGAAAAGGCGGCAAGAAAAUGAAGGUAAGCGUCUUUGUGCGAAAGAAGAAGAUGGACGAGGAAUUUUUCGCGGGGCUCUUCUUUCUCCUCGCCGCGACUCGUUUUGAAUAA